AUGGAUCAAGACAAGUUUGGUCAAGCAUUUAAAGAUGCUUUUGAAGUACUGAGACAACAUUCAACUGGAGAUUUUCAGUGCUCCCCAGAUUACAAAAAUUAUCUGGCUCUAUUUAAUCACUGUUCAUACAUUCGAGGAAAUCCCAGCUUCUAUCCCAUGAUGUCAGCAGAGGAACCUCUUCAUAACUGGAGAACAGUUCUUAACAGUACCUCAGACCUCUAUCUUGAUGGAAAUGUUCCUCAGUCUCUGCAGAGCAUCCCUGAACACCAGUUGACACAACCUGCUGUUAUCCAGCAAAAGGGAGGAAAAGGCCGCAAGAAGCUCCGCCUGUUUGAAUAUUUGCAUGAGUCCCUGAAUAAUCCUGAGAUGAAGUCUUGUAUCCAAUGGGUAGAUAAAGCCAAAGGCAUCUUUCAGUUUGUGUCCAAAAACAAAGAAAAGCUGGCCCAGUUGUGGGGGAAAAGAAAAGGCAACCGAAAAACCAUGACAUACCAGAAAAUGGCCAGAGCCCUAAGGAAUUAUGGAAGAACAGGGGAAAUUACCAAAAUCCGAAGAAAGCUAACAUACCAGUUCAGCGAAGCCAUUCUCCACAGACUAUCUCCCACAUACUUUCUGGAAAAGGAGUUAUUCUACUCACAGUAUGUCCAAUCUGACCAAGAGUAUGUCACUUUACAUCCCUGGAAUGGAAAUUAUAAUUAUGUACCUGCCAGUUAUCAUGAGCUAAAUCAUCCCAAUUGCCAGGUGUAUUCUUAUAUGUCCUGA